AUUGCACCUUCCUUUCCGCAGCCACUUCUUGCUUGCCAAUCUUGCCUUGUCUCUCCCCACUCCCGUUCCAUUACGACGCUUAGCCGGCCAGUCUUUCUUUCAAAACAUUGAGCUUGCCCUGUUGAAAGUCCCUCCCGUCCUUUUCUUCAUCCAAACAUACCGACAUAAUACGCCUGUCCAUUCGCACCUCCUUCAAUCGACCAUAUCUUAAUACCCACACCACCGCUACAAUGGCUUACGCAAACCUACCUUACACACCCAAGCCCAUUACGGACAUCUUCACGGCCGACACCGACAUUGAUCGCAGAAAGUGCGAGCGUGUCGUCCCCAUGCGGGUUCUCGCUCUUGGUCUUGGACGUACUGGAACUGCCUCUCUCCGCACCGCCCUCAAGGAGCUCGGCUUCGACGACUGCUACCACAUGAUGUCCGCCUCGGUCGAGAACCCCCCUGACUGCUUGAUGUGGCAGGACGCCUUUGCCGCGAAAUACGAUGGCGUUGGCAAAUUUGGUCGCGAGGAGUGGGACAAACUCCUUGGACAUUGCCAAGCCGUCUGCGAUUGGCCUGCCGUUGCGUUCGCCAAGGAGCUUAUCGAGGCCUACCCCGAGGCCAAGGUUCUCGUCACCACUCGCAACGUCGACACAUGGCACGCCUCUACCUUGAAGACUGUUGACUGGCGCGCAAACGACCCGGAGCUCAAGAUGGUCUCGAGAUUCGACUGGGGAUCCGGCCUCUACCAACCCAUGUUGCGCAAGUUCUGGGACGUCUUCUUUGGUGGUGACUUUGAAAAGAAUGGAAAGCAGAGAUACAUCGACUACUACGAGGAGAUCAGAUCUCUCGUUCCCAAGGAGAACCUUCUCGAGUACAGAAUGGGUGAGGGUUGGGAGCCCCUUUGCGACUUCCUCGAAGUACCUGUCCCCGAGGGCAAGAAGUUCCCUCACACCAACGACACCGAUGGUUUCGUCGACCGCUGCCGUGCCCGCAACCGCGCUCAGAUGAUGAACGUUGCUUUCCGUGCUCUGGUCGUUGGCGGUAGUGUCGCUGCCACAGCAUUCAGUGCUGCCAUGACCAUUCGUCGCUUUGUCGGCUCAAGAGGAUCUCUUCUGGCCUAAGCACUUUCAUCUUUCAUUUUCUUGUUCUCUACAGUCGAUUUUAUGGUUGCAAUGAGCGUUCUGGGAGCAUUAACAAAAGGUGGCGUUUUCGGCCGGCAUGGCUCGAGGUUCUGAUUCGAUUCUAUGGAGCAAGGUUUCCUUUCGAUGGCACUUUUUGGAGAGUGUACUUGGGCAUAUGGGGUUUACCAUAGAAGCAUUAUUGUUGUUCUGGGUCCGCUUUGACUUCAUCGGUCAGGCAGGUGUACAAAUUUCUACCUUUCAAAUCAAAAUCAUCAACAAUACUCAAGUUGUUCGCAUUCGCAAUCAUCCAGCCACCCGGCAUCAUAGUCGCUCAAUCUCGAAAGAUCCCG